AUGGUGCUAGAGACCGCAUACUACGACGCCCUGGGCGUGCCGCCCACAGCGACCGAACUGGAAAUCAAGAAGGCCUACCGCAAACUUGCGAUCAAGCUGCACCCCGACAAGAACCCUGGCGAUGAGACCGCACACGCAAAGUUCCAGGAGAUUGGAGAAGCAUAUCAGGUGCUCAGCGAUGACCAACUGCGCGCGAACUACGACAAGUAUGGCAAGGAGGGGGCUGUACCACAGAGCGGAUUCGGU